AUGAAGCUUUGGAGCAGUUAUCUGUGUAUCAUUACUCUUCAAAUUAUAAUCAUAGUCACAGUAUUAUACAAUGUGCAUGUAAGUCAACCAGACAGCGGUCAAAUGGAUGAUGUAGGCGGUGAAUAUCAAGCCCUUUCCCGACUGCACAUCUGUGAUGCAGCCCUAAAUGGGAAGACGGUGCAAGUGUUGCCAAGUGCUUUAUCCACAACGUUUGGAAUAGAUUCUUGCCCUUACUAUGUGCCAGAGAACCACUAUAUCACAACUCCUUUGUCCACAGAAGAAGCUGCAUUCCCUUUGGCAUAUGUAAUGACCAUCAGUCAAGAUUUUGAUAUGUUUGAACAGCUUUUCUGGGCUAUUUACAUGCCUCAAAAUGUCUACUGUAUUCACGUUGAUAAGGCAGCCAUGAUUGACUUUAAAAUUGCUGUGAGUGAAUUACUGGAGUGCUUCUCAAAUGCAUUUAUAUCCUCACAGUCUGAGUAUAUUAUUUACGGUGGAAAAUCCAGGCUCCAGGCGGACCUGGCCUGCAUGAGAGAUCUUAUAGUCACUAUUCAGUGGAGAUAUGUCAUUAACACUGGUGAUCACGAUUUCCCUCUAAAAACCAACAGGGAGAUAGUUCAGUAUUUGAAAACAAUGAAUUGGACAAACAUUACACCUAAUUUAGUGUCUGUUCUGAAAUCUACUGAAAGGAUCAAAUAUACCCAUAGAGAGUACAGAACCAGAGCACAUGCUUUUGUCCUAAACAAGCAAAAGAAGAGCCCACCAUCAGGUCAACUCAAAAUCCACUUUGGCUCAACUUAUGUUGCCCUUACAAGGGAAUUUGUCACAGCAGCCGCCUGUUUUCUAGGAGAGAACAUUGAUGGGACACCCCCUAGGCCAGCUUUGCAUUUAGAACACUGA